ACCUUGUUUUUGCAACCUCUUAUAAAUGAAGUACAGCAGCACCACUUGUUGUUCCAACUUUGAAGACCCUUUUUCUUAUUACAGUCUUAGACAGGCCUAGCUACCUCUAUUCAAGUCACCAUAGAGUCUUCUUAAUUCAUUACAAGAAACAAAGAAAUCAUCAUGGGAAGACCACCAUGCUGUGAUAAAGUUGGGAUCAAGAAAGGCCCAUGGACUCCAGAAGAAGACAUCAUUUUGGUGUCUUAUAUUCAAGAACAUGGCCCUGGAAAUUGGAGGGCAGUCCCUACAAAUACUGGAUUGAUGAGAUGCAGCAAGAGUUGUAGGCUGAGAUGGACAAAUUACCUUAGGCCUGGAAUAAAAAGGGGAAACUUCACCCCACAUGAAGAAGGGAUGAUCAUACAUCUCCAAGCUUUAUUGGGUAACAAAUGGGCUGCAAUAGCAACGUACUUACCACAAAGAACAGACAACGAUAUCAAGAACUACUGGAAUACGCACCUCAAGAAGAAGCUCAAGAAAUUCCAAUCUGCCAAUUUGGAGCCCCAAAUUGCAUCAUCGUCAUCUUCUUAUCACCAAUUCAUCUCCAAGAAUUACGAUCCAACAGGCCGCGACAACAGCUCGUCGUCAUCUGUCUACGCCUCGAGUGAGGAGAACAUUUCGAGACUGCUCGAAGGUUGGAUGAGAUCAUCUUCAUCAUCAUCCACCAUUACUGCUGCUGCUGCAGCUCAUUCGAGCUUUGCCAAUAAUCCGGCGGGCCGGCGCGAUCCGGGGUUAGUCUCCGGCGAGUGUUACAAGGCGGCGCAGCAAAUCGAAGAGGCGAUGAUGAUGAACAAUGAUCAUGAGCUGGAGUCGAUGUUGUCAUUCGAUCAGCACAACAAUAAUUUGAUGGAGAAAUCUUCCUGUGAUUCGAGCCAGAAAGGAUCUGACAGCAGUGGCUUGAUGGAUCAUGAUUGUUUUGAUUUUGAAAAGAAGCCUAAGAUCGACACCAAUAAUCCGCCAUUGUCGUUUCUUGAGAAAUGGCUGCUCGAUGAAACUGCCAAUCAGGUUGAAGGUGUGAUGGAACUCCCUCCAAUAUUCUAGUUAGAUUAAUCAAUUAAUUAUAUUAUUGCCAAAUUAUAAAUUAAUGAAAUCUGUGUUAAUUUCAUGAGUUUUUUAGGCUUUAAUAAAUAGAAUUAGAUGCAGAAAUUGCAAUGUUAGAGCUUCAAACCCGAGUUGGAUAAACAUCCACUCUUUCUCCCUUUUAUUUAUUUAUUUUUUCUUCAAUUAGAAAUGAUCAUCAGUCUUUAUCUAUAUUAUUACUAAUGUCUUCAUGAUUAAUUUUCCAUGUUAAUUAUUUAUUUAUUAAGAGUAUUCAUUUUUUGUCU